AUGUCACUGUUCCGAUUACCAAAAUCCACAUUAAGCAACAUUGACAGCAUUACAAAACAUUUCUGGUGGGGUACUAGUAAAAAGGAGGGCAACUAUUAUGCGCCAAAGAGCUGGGACUUCAUAUGUCAAUUGAAAGCAAUUAGUGGUCUGGGCUUCCGAAGAGCAGAAGAUUCGAAUAAAGCAAUGUUAUCCAAAACCUCAUGGGCCCUGACAAAAACAAAUAUUAGUCUUGCGGGCAGGGCAAUCAAGGCAAAGUAUGGAAACUUUCUCAAGAGUUCCAAUCGCUCCUCCCCCUCCCCAAUUUGGAGAGGCCUCCAAUGGUGUAAAGACACCAUUAAGAACAACACGUGUUUCUCUGUAGGAAACGGCACAUCCAUCUUGGUUUGGCACGAUCCAUGGAUUCCAAGCAUAAAUGACCACAAGCCAUCUCCGAGAUCUGACACAUUCCAAGACCCGAACUUGAAGGUAAGUGACCUAAUGCUGAACCAUCCGAAGAGAUGGAACAUCCCGUUACUCACAAGCCUAUUCGAGCAAGCAAUAGUCCAGAACAUCAUCAAGAUCCACCUCACUCAGGGCAACCUCGAAGACUCUGCACAGUGGACCCCAAAUACAUAG